UCUGACAGCACCUGAAGGCAACAUUGUUAACGAAGCACACGUGCACGGAGAAGCUUUUAGUUGCCAUGGUUACCAGGAGUCACAAAUAAUGAACUGCGGCACAUAAACGGUAACCUUAAGCUACAUAAAAACACCUUUAUUUUACCGCUAGUAAUGGACCUGAAUCAUUCGUCGUGUUGGGAUUCGAUUCUAGAGAAGGUGAAACCACAUAUACCGACCAUCGACUUCGACUCUUCAUCAUCUGAGAAUGAAGAGAUUGUCCCCAUAUAUCAAAGACCAGCUGGUCUUUCCCUGAAGGUCCCUGAAGACUUUGACAUUUUUUCAAUGGAUGAUGAUGAACUAGAGGAGCUGUUGAAACCUGUAGCUCAGACAUGCUGGUCAGAAGAGAGUACGAAGAUGGAUGAUGAUGAAAUUGUGGAAGGCACUACUGCCACUCUGUGGGGUACAAAACACUCAGAAGAUGCUGAAGACGCAGCUUCUUGUGAGAGAGUUAUUGUGGAGUUGAACAGAGCCAAGCUGGAUGUCUCUGUAAAACCAAAUGUGGACAGCACAAAAUCUGAUAUGGGUUUUACUGUUCUCUCAUUUGCGAGGCUUGACCAGUGGGAUUUGGAUGAUGUCCUCCGAAAUCUGAAAGAGGAUGGGCUGCCUUUGCGACGUGUGUCAGUUGAGCCUUCAAAAACACAUGCAGAUGGUGACAAGGACAAAUCCCACGGAAAUAUAAUGGAGAGACUAGUUACUUUCUGUCAGAGCCAGUCAUCUAAGUAUCUGCCAGAGACUGUGAAAACGCCAAACCACAUCAGACAGAAUAAUGUGUGCAACAAAUCAUCAGAGAGGAUGGAAGCAGAGCUGCAGCUGAGCCACCAGGAAUGUCCCACUGUUUAUAUCGACCUGCGUUGCCCUGAUCCUUCAAUAAAACCACCAAGAACAUCCCUAAAUCUUACAUCAGAGUCAAAGUCACCAGCCAAACUUAACACUCACCAGGAAACACCACAUGCAAAGAAACCCAAUCUCAAAGUGCAUGCUGAAUCACGGAUGGGGGACAGGGAAGUGACUGGCAAGAGUAUGUUGCUUCGGAAAAUCAGGGAGAUGAAUAGAAAUGGGAAUAAAUAUCCCAAUAAAUAUACAGAUCCUCCCUAUUCAGUGCCAGGAAAUGAGGCAGAAGAACUGAAAGAGAAGUUACCCCAGCCUGUAGAGUCUACAUGUAGCCAUGAGUCACACCACGUGUGGGAAGAUAAACAAUCUUCACAUGUACAGUUUGAGUACAGAAACCCUAAAAUGGAAAGCCCACCAACAACUCAGCAAAGUACAAUCAAAGAAUCAAAACAUAUGAGUGACCAACAGCAAGUUACGCAGACAUUACAACAUGAACACCAGCAGAUUUUCAAACAACUACAAAUACAUUGUCCACACAAAUCUGUCAACCAGACGCAGCCAGCUGCUGAAAGGACUGAUGUUCUUUAUGAUUUUGAAGCAUCUCAUCUACCGUCAAUCAGUACGCUACCAGCAAAUAUUGAAAGUAAGGGGUGUAUGCUACUGACCGUCAACCUCUCCAGUCCUGGCAUGGUUGAAGCAAGAGCUCAUGGGAGGAAAAAACAUCUGGAUCCAGCUGCAACCAAAUCAGACAUCUACAACACUUUAGUGGCUUGGUUUUUGUCUUUGGUUGGCCCAGACCCAGGCCAUAAUGAAGAUGAGGUUGGUGCACAGGUCCCAUUCUGGGUUGCAGGACUUCAGCAGCUGUGGACAGAGGGUGGACUUGCUUUGCAUGUUUUAGCUGUGGCUCAUCACUCUUAUACACCAAGGAAAAGGGACGUAGACAUCCAUGCACCUUUCUAUAACCAUGUCUGCAGGUUCCUCUCUGAGACCUCACUCACUGUAAUCGCCCGCUGGCUACCUCAGCUCAAAAGCUUGCUGGACCAACAAGCCUAUGCCUCACCCAUCCAUCUGCCCUCUUCCUGUUUAAAUGGUUUCAUCUCCACCACCUCCAACAAAAAGGUUAUAGAUAGGACAUUUUGUCUCAGUCCAGGGUUUUACUGGCAGACUGUGGAAACUCAGGAGCGUGUUUGUAAGGGGAGAGAGAGCACACAAGAGCUGCACACGGAGGUAUCAGUCGCUCUGGGAUGCAAAGCUUUCCUCCUACAUCCCCUCAAAACACACUACACCCUCCAGCUUAUUCUCAACUCAGGACUCGAUGUGUGUGGUCUGCGGCUCCUUUAUCCACCACAGGGGUUCCUGAGGGACAGUGCUGGUGCUGUACCAGCCUUCCAGAGAACUGAUGAGACCUGCCAGCCUGUUUUUGCCCUUGCUGUUCGGGGCCUUCAAGCCCACACAGUGUUGAAAGAUUUAACUAGUUCCUUAGAUCCUCUGCUGCCCAGGGAGACAGAUCCAACUUCUCUUAACCCUCUCCACUGCAGAGGUCAAGAACCUCCACUCUUCUACUCCCCUCGACUGGCCAGUCAAGUCCACAGGGAGCUGUGCUUGUGGUUUUCAGGAAGACUUCCAGGAGGAAAUGCACAGAAUCACCACCGAGUUCCACCUUCAGAUGACAGAGUCGGAGGCAGCCUGUUCAGUUUGAGCAGAUCACCUUCCUUUCUGUGUGCUACAACAAAAGCUGACUUACUCCUCGUGGUGUCGCCUGCUGUGCCUCCAUGUUGCUACAGCCAUGUGCUGGCUGUUUGUGAACGCAGAGGCUUCAGUCUGCGGGGGCUGCGGAGCCUGCAGCUUGAGAGCAAUAAAGCUGCAGUCAUUGGACUCUCCAACCAGCAGGCCCUUGUGUUCUGUAGUCCACAUUCUGUGAGCCAGGAUCAGGGUCCGCUGGAGCUGCCCUCUCACUGUCUGUUGUUGUUACUGAGGAGAGAGAAUGCAGUGCACCACAGUGUUAGUCUGCCAGCAGCCCUAAUGAGAGAAUUUAAGGCACAAAAGCUUCUGGGUUGCAUCCACUCCAGACUUGAUGGCGUCAACACAGUAGAGCCAAGCUUCUGCUUCCACACUGUGCCCUACAGCACUAACCUGUUCCAUGUCUUUGUUAAGUGUAUGUGGGCAGUGCCAGAUCCUUCCAGGGUGAUCCUGUCCCGUAAGAAGUGUUCAUUCAACUCUGACAUGGAACAGGUGGCAAUUUUGACCUUGUGUGGGAAAUACAUGAGCCAAGGCCUGAACCUCCUACACAGAGUGCUGGCAGAAGGGCCACAAGGUGAUGUCCGACAUGCAGGAUUCAAGCUGCUUGGCCUGAAGUGGCUGCCUGCAUUGACUCGACUUCAGGCUCAGGAAGUGAGUCCAUACGAGGUGGGAGAGCAGCUCUGUAAAGACAGCCUGGAGAAUCUGAUGUCCUCUCCUGCCCUAGUGUGUGCUCUUAGACGGUUGGAUGUUUUUUCUUCACUGAGGAAGCUUCUACCACGCGACUACCCCGGUAACCUCAGUGUCCUGAUGUCACCCACACCUGAAGUGGCUUUCAGACAAGCCUCCCUCUUCUUCUUUGAGCAUGAGAUGAUUCCUGACCACAGCGUACUCCCAGUUCUGAAGUUAUCUCCCCAAAACUGCAGUAUAAAAGGUCCACAGACGCUGCUCACUGUGUGCCUGUUCAAGCCAGGAAUCUGGACUCACUCUCUGGCUAAAAUAGGCCACACACUCCAGCUGAGUGGGCUCACAUUGGUGGGCCUGCAUGUAGUGAGCCUGGACAAAAGCAAUGCUACCUCACUACUACCUGCACAAAGUGACCCCUCAGACCUGGAGGCCCAUGUGGAGUACUUGUGCUCUGGCUCCUCACUAGCCCUCUGCCUCCAGGGGGAGAAUGCUGUGAGGAGGCUGCUGGAUGUGCUGAGCCAAGAUGACUCAUCCCUGUGGACCUAUUAUGCAUCAGGAUCAUAUCCGAAAGCAAUUCAGGAUGUGAAGAGGCUUUUUCCAGAGGGGCUCUGUUGUACUGAGACCAGCACAAUGAGACAGGAGCAGAUACUCAGCAUGCGUUCAGACCUUUUAGCCUCUGUGGAGUGCAAACAGAGCUGCACACUGGCCCCUGUGGACCAGGACGGUCUGUCACAUUCAAUGGUAUCAGGAACAAAUGGAGAGAUACGCGGUGCCGUCUGGCAGACAACUUGUCUGCUGAUACCCUUAAAAGCUUCACCUCUCAGCCAAGUGCCAUCCCAGCUGGACAUGCUUGAGCAGCUGCUGAGGUCAGGCUGCCAUCUGGUGGCAGGGAGGAUGAGCAUACUGGAUAAUGAGCAGAGGAAACAUAUCGCUGACACACUGAAAAUGUCAUCGAGAAGAGAUGAAAGGAUGGCUCAUCUUUACACAACGGCACCCUGUCUUAUCAUGGCUCUACAAGGGAAAGCGAUUGUGACAUGCUUUAACAUGAUCCUUGAAAGCAUUUACAAGGUGAGGCCAGAUCUCGAAAAAGCGGGGGAAAUUAUUAUCUACCCAGAGAAUCAGAAAGAGGCCAAGCAGCUGAUAUGCUACCUAUUUGAUGCCUUGUCUCCUGAGAGCUGUCACACUGUUGUGCCAUAAAGUUGAAAUGGAUACACUAGUACAAGCAUGCCAAAGGUAAUGCUACUUCUCUUGGCAUUUUCAUAUAACUGUUCUGAAAAAAUGUCAUUUGUAAUUCCAGUUGUUCCGGAAAGACUUGUUUUGUAUAAUAAACCUAUUUUUCCAACUCA